AUGGAUAAUCAGUUAAAACUCGACAAAAAAACUCAAGCCGUCUUCACCCGUAAGGGCUAUAAAAUUGAAAAACAAUUGGGUCACGGAAACUAUGGCUACGUCUAUCGGGCCAUCGAUACUACUACCGGCGAAAAAGUGGCCGUCAAAGUGACCGACAUGGAAAAAGUCAACAAAGUUUAUGCCGAUAAAUUUUUGACCCGCGAAAUGGCCACAAUGAUCAAAGCCAAUCACGACAACAUUAUCAAAGUUUUUGAUAUUAUCAAAGCCAACAAAAAAAUAUUUAUAUUUAUGGAGUUUGCGGGUAAUGGCGAUCUGAUGCAGUAUAUGAAAAAAUACGGUAAAAUUGGACAAACAAAAGCAUGCUAUUGGUUCAAUCAGGUAGCCAAUGGACUGACCUAUUUGCACGAGGAACUGUACAUUGCGCACCGGGACAUCAAACUCGAUAAUAUACUGUUGAACAGUGAAAUGUCGGCCAAAAUCAGCGACUUUGGCUUUGCCCGUAAAGCCUACGAUCCGACUACUGGCGAAGUAAUGAAAGCGGAAACCAUUUGCGGCACACGUAUGUACUUUUGUCCGCAAUUGUUCCGCAAACAACCGUACGAUCCGUACAAAGCCGAUGUCUGGGCAAUGGGUGUCGUAUUGUUUUCAAUGAUCAACGAUAAGCUACCGUUUCAUGUGGACAACGAUAGUAAAACAAUUAGCGAAAUGAAAGAUAAGAAUUAUCUCGAAACCAGAUAUACCAUCGAUGGCUGCGAACAUCUGAAACAAUUGAUUAGAUCGAUGUUUGAGUUUGAAGAGACAGAUAGAUGUGAUAUCAAAACAGUUUUGGAUAAUAAAUGGAUUACAGAAAAAGCAAAAUGUUGUGAAAAUUAA